GAUUUAAAAUCCCGUAUGUCCUGUCUGCAGUAUGUUGAACACGGGGAAACUUGCAGGGCGAACGAUUUUCAUUACAGGCGCCAGUCGCGGCAUUGGCAAGGCGAUUGCCUUGAAAUGCGCUCGAGAUGGGGCGAACGUCGUCAUUGCAGCGAAGACAGCACAGCCGCAUGCGAAACUGCCUGGAACUAUCUACACAGCAGCCAAGGAAGUCGAGGAAGCCGGAGGGCAAUGCUUGCCAUGCAUUACUGACAUCAGAGAUGAGAACUCUGUUCAGGCGGCUGUCCAAGAAGCGGUGAUAAAGUUCGGCGGCAUCGAUGUACUUGUCAACAAUGCGAGCGCCAUCAGCUUAACCGGAACGGCAGAGACAACAAUGAAACGAUUUGACUUGAUGAUGGGCGUCAAUAUGCGAGGGACGUUUACAACAACACAAGCUUGUCUGCCCUAUUUGAAAACAGGAGUGAACCCGCAUGUACUCAAUAUUAGUCCUCCGUUGAAUAUGAAGCCAUUCUGGUUCAAGGGCCAUGUUGCAUACACGAUGGCCAAGUAUGGCAUGUCAAUGUGUGUCUUGGGAAUGGCAGAAGAAUUCAAAGACGAUCAAAUUGCAGUGAACGCAUUAUGGCCAAGAACUGCAAUCGAGACUGCUGCAAUGAAGAUGCUUGGUGGUGAUGGAGCAUUGAAGAGAUGCCGCAAGCCGGAGAUCAUGGCCGAUGCUGCUUAUUGUGUGAUAUCACGUGACAGCAAGUCAGUGAGUGGAAACUUCUUUAUUGAUGACGAAGUGUUGAAGGAAGCCGGAGUUACUAACUUUGAUGAGUAUGCGUCGGAGCCAGGUCAUGAUCUGCUGCCUGAUUUCUUUCUUGAUGAAGCUGAAAACAUCGAUCCUUCCUCGUUCACCCAAGGGCAGUCCGAGACACAAGGAAAAGGAACUCCAACAGCAACAUUUGAGGUCAUCAAAUCCGCACUAAAUGACGAUAUUGUGCAGUCAACGGGAGGCACAUUUGUAUUUGAUCUACAAGGAGAGCAUCCGGGACGAUUCCACCUUGACCUGAAAACAGGAUCUGGAUCAGCGGGUGAGGGCGACUUACCAUCGGGUGACCCUGAUGUCACCAUGACGAUGGACUCGGCCGAUUUCACCGCAAUGAUAACCGGACAGGCCGACGCUACACAACUGUUCAUGUCGGGUAAACUGAAGAUUGACGGAAGUUUGGGAAUGGCGAUGAAAUUACAGACGCUGAUGCAGCAAAUGAAGUCGAAACUAUGAGCAAUGACAAUGCAGUCUCUACUGUAUUUGAUUGUUGUUGAUAUCAAUACAAUUGGUAUUCAAA